UUGGCCUACUACAUUUUAUGACAAGAGAUCACUUAUUCUGUGCAAUGGUGUGAAUGUCGAACAUCCAAUAGUUCUGUUGAAACACACAGCCGUUAAGACUUUAGGAUUGUCCAAUAGCGUUGCAGAGUACAGAGAGAGAGAGAACAGAGAAAGAACAUCAAAGGUGUCCAUAUUGUAAUUUGCAAGGUCUCAAAAGUGUUUCUUUUCGUCAAUGCAUGAUUCCACUCUCUGUUUUCAUCAAUUUCAGAGACUUCCUCUUAGGGUUCCUAUCAUCUCCUUCUCUUCUUCUUCUUCUCUGAAUUUCAACUCAACUCAGCCUCUGAUUUCAAUUACAAGCAAUGGCGAAGAAGAAGAAGAUAAAGAACUCAGAGAAAGCAGAGCAAGUUGAUAACAUAUCGAAGUAUUCUCAAAAGCCCAGAAGCUCAAAACCCAGACGCCGUUUUGAUUUUUCUUUCUUCUAUUCCUUUCCUAUCUCCAAUUCAGGUUCCUCUCUGGGGUCAUCCUGUGGUGAAGUUGGAUUGUCCAAUAUCACCACAAAUAGUUUGCAUGACAGGAAUGCUGAGGGAAGGAAAUUGCCUGAGCAUUCUCUGGUUUGGUGCAGCAAGUCCCAGAAUAAGGGACCACAAAUUGCUUCCAAUUUCUCUGAAACUACAGUUGUAGAAGUUGAAACAAUAGUCCAAAAUGAAAAUUUUGGCUCCUGCAGUGAUAGAAAUGUUGGUGAACAAUCAAGUGAUACUGCAAGGUCACUGGAAUUUACCCCCAAAAAAUCACAAGUUACAGAAAGCAAUAGUUUUUGCAUUACACCAGGGAGUGUUGUGUGGGCUAAAACUGCUUACAAGACAUGGUGGCCUGCUGAGAUCAUGGAUGAAAGAUCCACUUCAGCUGACUCAAAGAACCAAGAUACUGGCAGACAUGUUUUAGUUGAGUUUUACGGUAGUCGUGACAAUGCUUGGCUUGAUCCUGCCAGAGAUCUUUCCCUGCUUGAGGAUGUGAGUAAGUGCUUCGAAGAAAGGAGCUGUAACCCUAUGGAAGAUUUUCAAGAUGCUUUAAAACAAGCCUUACAAAGGAAAGAAUAUCUAAGUUCAUGUGGACAGUUGUUUAAGAGCCUUGAUGGGCUGAAUCACUCUGAUCAGCAAGAUCAGUCAUCUGAUAAAUGGACUUCAUCAAUUUCAAGCAGAGCAGAGCAUGAUUUCCUUGUAAAAGGGAGAGGCAAAAGGGAGCGAAAGCGUAAACUACAAUUCGAUGAGGUGACAUUUCCACUGACAUCAACUAAGAGGGUUCGACGGUUUAGGAUAAUGCGGUACCUUGGCCUUAGUGCUCCUAUUGGUUCUCCUUUUUGAUCAAU